AUGGCUACCACCUGCACAUGCACUUUUGUUCUCUGCCUUAGCCUCACAUUCUUCAUGUUUAGUUCAGCUUCUUCAACUGAAGCAGACAUCCUUCUUUCUUUCAAAAACUCGAUUCAAGACCCCAAGAACACUCUUUCAAGCUGGUCUAACAACUCAAAUGUCCAUUACUGUAACUGGACUGGAAUCACCUGCAACACUUCACCUGCACUCACAGUAACUUCUCUCAACCUUCAAAGCUUGAAUCUUUCUGGUGAACUCUCCACUUCCAUCUGUGAAUUAACCAAUUUGGCUCUCCUCAAUCUAGCUGACAAUUUUUUUAACCAGCCUAUACCUUUACAUCUCUCUCAGUGUAGUUCUUUGGAGAGUUUGAAUCUUAGUAACAAUCUCAUUUGGGGUCCUAUCCCAGAUCAGAUUUCUAAAUUUCAGUCUUUGAGAGUUCUUGAUUUUAGCAAGAACCAUAUUGAGGGAAGGAUUCCAGAAAGCAUUGGCUCGUUGGUGAAGUUGCAAGUACUCAACUUGGGAAGCAACUUGCUUUCAGGUAGUGUUCCUUCUGUAUUUGUGAAUUUCACUGAGCUUGUUGUUCUUGAUUUGUCUCAAAAUUUGUACUUGAUGAGUGAUGUUCCUAGUGAGAUUGGGAAACUUGGGAAGCUUGAGCAACUUCUGUUGCAAAGUUCUGGUUUUUAUGGUCAAAUUCCUGAUUCUUUUGUGGGUUUGCAAAGUUUAACCAUUUUGGACCUCUCACAGAACAAUCUAACUGGUGUGAUUCCUCAAACACUAGGGUCUUCCCUUAAGAACUUAGUGUCUUUUGAUGCUUCUCAAAACAAGCUUUUAGGUUCAUUUCCAAAUGACAUAUGCAGUGCACCAGGCCUUAAAAACCUUGGUCUCCAUGCUAAUUUCUUCAAUGGUUCGAUACCAAACUCCAUUAGUGAGUGCUCUAAUCUUGAGAGGUUUCAAGUUCAAAACAAUGAGUUUUCUGGUGAUUUCCCUGCUGGGUUGUGGUCACUUAACAAAAUAAAGCUCAUUAGAGCUGAAAACAACAGAUUUUCUGGUGUAAUACCAGAUUCAAUGUCAAUGGCAGCUCAAUUGGAGCAAGUUCAGAUAGAUAAUAACAGCUUCACUGGAAAAAUUCCCCAUGGUCUUGGUUUGGUUAAGAGCUUGUAUAGAUUCUCUGCAUCUCUUAAUGGUCUCUAUGGUGAAUUACCUCCAAAUUUUUGUGAUUCUCCUGUUAUGAGUAUCGUAAACCUAUCCCACAAUUCUCUUUCUGGUCAAAUUCCAGAGAUGAAAAAGUGCAGGAAACUGGUCUCGUUGUCUUUGGCUGCCAAUAGUCUUACUGGGGAGAUCCCUCCAUCUCUUGCCGAUUUACCAGUGCUGACUUACCUUGAUCUUUCUGAUAACAAUCUCACUGGUUCAAUUCCACAAGGGCUUCAAAAUUUGAAGCUUGCUCUUUUCAAUGUAUCUUUUAACCAACUAUCUGGAGAAGUCCCUCCUGCUCUAGUCUCUGGGCUCCCUGCUUCAUUCUUGGAAGGAAAUCCUGGUCUUUGUGGUCCAGGAUUGCCCAAUUCUUGUUCUGAUGGUCUGCCGAGACAUCAUAAUCCUGUUGGUCUUAGUUCAUUAGCAUGUGCCCUUAUAUCUAUAGCAUUUGGUUUGGGAAUUUUGCUUGUUGCUGCUGCGUUUUUCGUGUUCCAUCGAUCCACUAAAUGGAAAUCUGAAAUGGGUGGUUGGCAUUCGGUGUUUUUCUAUCCUCUCAGAGUCACAGAGCAGGAUUUAGUCGUGGGAAUGGAUGAGAAAAGUGCUGUAGGAAGUGGUGGAGCUUUUGGUAGAGUGUACAUUAUAAGUUUACCAAGCGGUGAACUGGUUGCUGUAAAGAAGCUAGUCAAUAUCGGGAACCAAUCUUCAAAAGCAUUAAAGGCUGAGGUCAAGACAUUAGCCAAGAUCAGACAUAAGAACAUCAUUAAAGUUCUUGGAUUUUGCCAUUCAGAGGAAUCGAUCUUUCUAAUUUAUGAGCACUUACAAACGGGGAGCUUAGGAGAUUUAAUUAGCCGAGCAGACUUUCAGUUGCAAUGGAGUGAUAGGUUGAAGAUUGCCAUCGGGGUUGCUCAAGGAUUGGCAUACCUUCACAAACAUUAUGUUCCACAUCUACUUCAUCGAAAUAUUAAGUCGGCGAAUAUCCUUCUGGAUGCAGAUUUUGAACCAAAGCUCACAGAUUUUGCUCUUGACCUCAUUGUGGGAGAAGCUGCAUUUCAAACAACUGUUGCAUCAGAAUCUGCAUACUCUUGCUACAAUGCUCCUGAAUGUGGAUACUCAAAGAAAGCAACCGAGCAAAUGGAUAUUUACAGCUUUGGUGUGGUGCUUCUAGAGCUGAUAGCUGGCCGACAAGCUGAUCAAGCAGAAUCAGCUGACUCUGUUGAUAUUGUGAAGUGGGUUCGAAGGAAAAUCAACAUCGCCAAUGGAGCAGUCCAAGUUCUUGAUUCCAAGAUAUCAAAGUCUUCCCAACAAGAGAUGCUAGCAGCUCUAGACAUUGCCAUUCGUUGCACUUCAGUGCUGCCAGAGAAACGACCAUCAAUGCUUGAAGUUAUUAGAGCACUUCCGUCUCUAGGCGCAAAAACUAACAUUUCAGAUUCAUACUUCCCUACUUCUGAGGAGAACCUUCCAGUAUAA